AUGCACAUUCAGGGCGGAUACUUGGACGACGAGAGAGACGAUAUUGACCUGGACAAUAUCCUUAUGGCGGUUGUGCUACUUGGCUUUAUUUUCUUUGACCCGUUCAUUAAUCUUGUUCCGAGAAGAAGAAGAGUCCGAGAUAGUUCACUCUCCGGUAGGGAUUAUGUGCUUGAGUUGAUAAACGGUCAUCGAGAUCGAAUUAUCGAGAACAUGCGCAUGGAUGUUCCCCUCUUCCUACAUUUGUGCGAUCUAUUGGUUGAGCGUGAUUACUGGCAUGCAUAUCCUUCUCAGAGGGUUGGCGUUCAUGAGUCCGUUGUUUUAACGCUAAUGUGCCUGAGCCAUGAUGAGCGGCUAAGAAACUUCGAUGACACAUACCCCAGAAUCAUGCACAAUGGACAAUUCUGGCCGUGGUUCAAGGAUUGUGUUGGAGCCUUAGAAGGAACCCACGUCUCCGCUUGGUGCACAACAGAGAUAAGAGAGAGGUACAUAAAUAGGCAUGGUGGGUUAUCUCAAAAUAUGCUAGCGACUUGCAAUUAUGAUAUGCGAUUUGUUUAUGCUCGAGUCGGUUGGGAGGGCAGUGCCCACGAUGGUAGGAUUCUCCAAAACACCUUGCUUGAUCCAAAUUCGGGAUUUUCAAUGCCACAAUUAGGGAAAUACUAUGCGGUGGAUGCUGCUUACACAAACAUGUCUGAGUUUAUGGCACCGUUUAGGGGCACUCGGGGCACACAGUAUGAACGAGCAGCUAAAGUUUUGUUCAACCGGCGACAUGCUUCAUUUCGAAAUAUUAUUGAACGUACUUUUGGAGUUCUAAAGAGGCAUUUUCCAACACUCAGAGGUCCAAUACAAAACUACCUAAUAGCAAUUCAAAAUAAUAUUGUGCUGGCAUGCUGUACUCUCCACAACUUCAUUCGAGAUCAUUCACCCAAUGAUCUAUACUUCAAUGAAGAAGCUACCUUCGGAGACUUUGCAGAUGCACAGGUAGCAGGGAAUCAAGUCCAGGGGGUCCAACCAAUCGAUAUGUCGUAA